AGGAAGAAGAUUCGUCUCACGCGCUCUCUGUUGUGUUGUUGUGGUGCUGGUUUAAAACAAACUGUUAUAAAUAGUUUCAGUAAACAGAAAAAUACAGUUUUUGAAUCAGGUCAGUAAAUCUCUGAAAUAUUCUCAUCAUCACAGUCGUGACUAAGUUUUGAAGCAAGGAGAAAUAUAUAGAGAGGAGUAUCAGCUGAAGAUGGAGUUUGUUAAAGAGGAGCUUGAGGAGAACAGGAGUGAAAUAAAAAAAGAGGAAUCAGAAACUUGGAAAAUAAAAGAAGAGGACUCAGAAACCUGGAAAAUAAAAGAAGAAGAAUCAGAAACCUUUAAAAUAAAAGAAGAGGAAUCAGAAACCUGGAAAAUAAAAGAAGAGGAACUGGAAACCUGGGUAGUAAAAAACGAAGAACCAGAAGCAUGCAGAAUAAAUCAUGAACCAGAAACCUGCACAAUAACAGAAGAGGAAAGAGGAGAGUUGAUUGAAGAUAAUGAGAAAGAAGAAUCGAGUGAAUCCGAUGAGGAAAAUCAUGCUAAAAGUGGAGAAAAACCCAGUCAGAAAGAUUUAAAGAAAAGAGCCAAGGAAUCUUUCACCUGCUCUCAGUGCGGAAAGAGUUUCACACACAAAUGUUUUCUUGUGCGACACAUGAGAGUUCACACUGGAAAAAAAACGUUCACUUGUGAUCAGUGUGGGAAGAGUUUCACACACAAAUGUUUUCUUGUGCGACACAUGAGAGUUCACACUGGAGAGAAACCAUUCACCUGCUCUCAGUGUGGGAAGAGUUUCACACACAAAUGUUUUCUUGAGCGACACAUGAGAGCUCACACUGGAGAGAAACCGUUCACUUGUGAUCAGUGUGGGAAGAGUUUCACACACAUGUCUUACCUUAGGAAACACAUGAACAUCCACACUGAAAAGAAAAUGUUUCUAUGUGAUCAGUGCGGAAAAAUAUUUUUGUGGGCUACAGUCCUGAAGAAACACCUGAGAGCUCAUAAAAAGGAGAAGCCAUAUUUGUGUCAUGUGUGUGGAAAGAGUUUUUCACAACUACAAUAUAUGAAAAAUCAUCAGAAAACACACAGUGUUGUGAGAGAGCACUUUAAGUGUUCACACUGUGACAAGAGAUUCAGUCAGUCGUCACAUCUGAAAGCACACGAGAUUAUCCACACUACAGAGGAAACAAACACUUGUUUUGAGUGCGGGAUGAGUUUCACACAACUAGCAAAACUUAAGAUACACAUGAAGAUUCACAAGCGGCACACCUGUGUUCAGUGUGGCAAAACAUUUCUGUGGGCUUCAGAUCUGAAGAAACACAUGGAAGUUCAUACAAAUGAGAAGCCACAUUCAUGUAAUGUGUGUGGAAAGAGUUUUAAAUUACUACAAAGUUUGAACAAACAUCAGAAAAUACAUACUGGUGUGAAAAAAAAGAAUAAAUGUGCUUUGAGUGUGAAAACACUUUUACUUCAGCUUAGGGCUGCACGAUAAUGGUUAAACUGAUCACAAUUAGUUUGAUAACUAUAAUCAUGAUUAUUAGCAACAAUUAUUCUAUCAAAAUGGUAAAUGCAAUGCAAUAAAAUUAGAAGUGUCCUUAAACCAACCUCUACUGAAUACAUGACUUCAUUUAGCAAACUAUGAUAAUGUGAAACUCAUGGUUUUGUAAUCUGUAUUUACAUUAGGUUAUUCUGUUUUUCUUUAAUUGAGAACAAGUAACAAAAGGUCAUCAUGGGAGAGUUACAAAGUCAAGACAAUACAAUUUCCAUACAUUCUCUGAAGUAUAGCGUUACACUUCUCCUCAGUGGUGUGUGUACACAAUCCUUUUAUCCCAGUACUUAACACAUUUUUCCAAUUUAAGUCUCUCCAUACAGUGUAUUUCAUUUACAAUUCCCAACCACCAGUCCCUUGUUAGAGCGUCAAACUGAAAUCAUUUACAUGUUAUGGCCUUCAGACUGCUUGCUAAAAGUUUUUUUUAAUAAAUAUUGUCAUUGUCUAGAAUUGUUUUAGGAAUUUUUCAUAGAUACAAAGUGAUGAAUAAAAAAAUCCAACUUCGAGUCCCCUUUUAAAGUGAUAUUUGAUUAUUUUUAUGAUUCUCAUUGGGUUGUGCUUAAUUGAUAUGAAAUACUGCCAUUCUUUGUUCUUCUCCCUCUCUUUCCUUACUUUUCUUCAUUCUGUAUAUAUAUGUCUUGCUUUGUUUAGUUGUAUGUUAGCUAUAAUUUCUUUGAUUAAAUCCCUUAUAUUCACAAGAGAUUAUCUCUGCUCACAGUUCGAAGUCACUGAAUGUUGAUCCUUGUAACAUGCCAAACUAUUGCUAGUACCAUCUAAAGUAGGAAAGCUGUUCUUCCUUGGCCAGGAAAAUAACCUUUCCUAGAAUUGAUAAAUUAUUAUAUUGUCUGCUUGGUGGACAGACGGAUCAAAUAUUGGUAACAUUGAUUCUGCUACAGUUAAUUCUAAGAUCUAAUCUAAAUUUGAGAUAAUUUUUUACAAUAAUAUAGAAGUGUCUAUAUAACUAUAAAAAAAACAGUCUUCAUCUGUGAGCUGAACUUUUAGACAAAGCUGUAAUGCAGACAAAAAUGUUUCACGAAUGCUAUUAGAUCAAUAAAAAUGGUUAAAAAUAAUUGCUUAUAAUAGAUUAAAGAUUUGGUAAC